AAGCAAGAUUCGGGCAUGACAGUCAUGGUACAGACCUAACACAACAAAAGUAUUUCGGUUUAAGUGCGGGCGGACAUUAAGACUGUGGAGCCGAGUUAUCUAGUUACCUCUUCGUUUGUCAGCGCUACCAACCAGACUCUCAGGCAGUUCAAGAAGUGCGGUGGCCCUGUCCUUUUUUUUUUCUUUUCUUUUUUUUACUUUAGCUGCAUGGACGAUUUUUUGAGUGUAUGUAUGCGGCAUUUAGUCAGCUGUAGUUAGCUUUUAGAUAUGGCAGAAAUACCGCCGCACCCGAUGGUUGACAUAGACCCGGAUUUCGAGCCACUUUCCCGGCCCCGAUCGUGCACCUGGCCUCUGCCUCGGCCGGAGGUCUUCGAACCAGCCUCUUCGAACACAUCCUCGCCGGCGCCAUCUGUCAAACAAGAGCCGGGGGGAAAUGUCGAGUUCAUCAGUAACCUCAGUUUGUUGGAGGAGACCGACGACUACCCGGAGGAGAAACCGCUCAUACUGUGCAAUGAGUUCCAGUGCCAGGAGAACUGCGUACACGGGCAAACACAGCAACAACACCCACAGCAGUUGCAACACCCAAGUCCCCAACUGCCUCACCAGCAACAGGUGCCCCCGCUGUCUUCUCCCGUCGGGGCAAAUUCGGUGGCUGGUGCUCAGAGGAAAAGCAGCUCGUCCCGGCGGAACGCCUGGGGGAAUAUGUCCUAUGCCGACCUCAUCACCAAGGCGAUUGAAAGUUCACCGGAGAAGCGUCUUACAUUGUCUCAGAUCUAUGAUUGGAUGGUGAAGAGUGUGCCUUAUUUCAAAGAUAAAGGAGACAGUAACAGCUCCGCAGGUUGGAAGAACUCCAUCAGACACAACCUGUCGCUGCACAGCAGGUUUGUGCGUGUGCAGAACGAGGGCACUGGGAAGAGCUCCUGGUGGAUGCUGAACCCCGAGGGGGGCAAGAGCGGGAAGUCCCCCAGGCGUAGAGCGGCCUCCAUGGACAACAACAGCAAGUUCACCAAGAGCAGAGGACGCGCUGCCAAGAAGAAGAUGUCCCUGCAGGGGGGUGCGGAGGGGGGGGCAGACAGCCCUGGCUCCCAGUACACCAAGUGGCUCGGCAGUCCAAACUCCCACAGCAACGACGACUUUGAGACUUGGACCACCUUCCGCACGCGCGCCAGCUCCGACGCUAGCACGCUCAGCGGACGCCGCUCGCCCUUCCUGUCCGAGCAGGAUGACCUGGUGGAGUCCGACCUCCACAUGGUCUAUCCCGGGGGGGCGGGGCCUAAGAUGACCGCCACCCUGCCCAGCCUAUCAGAGGUGGCAGGCUCCAUGGGCCACCACGGAUCGGAGAACGUCGUCAUGGAGAGUCUCCUUGACAACCUCAAUCUGCUCUCCCCUAAGAACCCCCAGCUGGGGGUGGGGGGGGCUGGUUCUGACUCCUCCCAGUCCUCGCCCUCCUCCAUGCUGCAGAACAUCCCCUACAGCCCUCCCAGCCUGCCCCCCCAGGCCCAGCAGGAAUACAGGAAGUGUUUGUACGCGCAGCCAGGGAUCAGCAGCAUGUCGCCCCUCCCCAUGCAGACCCUGGAGGGCAAGCCCGGCUUCAGCUCCUUCCUUAGCCCCUACAACUGCCCCGCCGGCCUGCUGAAGGAGCUGCUCACCUCGGAGCCAGACCCCCGCAACGAGCUGAUGCCCCCCAUGGAGAGUGUGGUCCCUCAGCCGCCCAGGGGGGGCCACCUGCUGCCAGCCUUCAACAGCCAGGGGCAGGGCCACCUUGGCCAGAGAGGGGGCAAAAUGAUGAACCCCUCCCACCCCCACGCCCACCCCCUGCCUCACCAGCACCAACACCAGCACCCCCACGCCCGGCCGAUGCACGGCCAGGGUCCCCCCUCCUCCUCUGGGGGCAUGAACGGCUCCAUCCCCCUGACCAGCCUGAACCACGCUGGAGGACCCGCCUGUCUGGCCGGCCUGAGGACUCACACACACCUGCAGCUGCCUCACCUGGCGCACCCAGGCGGGCCUCCGCCCUCCUACGCCAUGCACAACGGCUACGGCCGUAGCAUGCCGCCGCACGCGCACAUGCACCACCAGGAACGACUUCCCAGCGACCUGGACGACAUGUCCAUCGAACGCUUCGAGUGCGACAUGGAGUCGGUCCUCCAUGACACCCUGAUGGAUGGAGACGCGCUGGACUUCAACUUUGACCCCAUGGUCGGUUCUCAGGGCUUCCCUCCCGGGGUGAAGACCACCACGCACAGCUGGGUGUCCGGCUAGGACAUGUCACAGUCUCUCCCACAGGUUCACAUCAGCACCACCAGCCUUGGAAAACAUUUGUCCAAAGAAGGUAUCUCCCCUUUCAGAGAACUGCAACAUCUCUUCACAAAUUCUCAAAGUCUAGAUCCUUGGCCUUUAGCCUUCUCUGAGCAGCCUAGCGGCUAGCCUAGCCUAGACUAGAUCACCCUCUUUGCCUUCAAGGUCUGCCUAGACCCCACAUAUACCCAGACUGGUGCUCAGGUUAACGUGUCUACUAGCCGAGUUGUGUGACUGGCCUUUGUUUGACUCGUAAGCCUAGCAACGUGGACAGUCUCCCAUGCUGUCAGACAGCUGUUUGUUUUACAACAGUACAGGAAGGAACUGGAGAUGAAUUGACAAAAUAUCAAUGAUAUAUAUAUAUAUAUUUGACCUGCUCCUUAGAUUUCUAGAAGGCUCUGCCAUGUUGUUGUUGUGAGUGUUUGUUUUUCUGUUUGUCGGGGUGUCGUGGAUAAAAUGACACAGCACGAUAGGGCAUGAAACACCACAACUACAGACUGGAACACACUUUGUUUAUAUUACAUUCAACUCGGGUCAUCCCCAAAUUCAGGGUGCUUUUUAACAAGGUUGUCAAGAAGUGUUUUGCAUAUUGAUGUAAAUACAAUAAUUCAAACAUAUAUAUGUGUAUAUAUAUAUAUAUAUACAUAUAUAUAUAUAUAUGAUGUAUACUAUGUGUAUUUGUGAUUUGUAUUCUUUACAUGAUAUAUUUCCUUGAAAACAGAAACUUUCAAGUUUCUCAUUGUGCAUUCAAUGCUCCCUGCCUUUCAAACAGCCAAUAUACUGUAUGAACCUGAAAACCUGUCAAGCGAAGGACUAGCGUCAAGAGAAAUAUUAACUAGAAAAAAAUCAUCUAUUUCGGUGGUAAAUUGAUGCAACUCCUCAGGCUGUUUUGCCGCCCAGUAAUUCAGCCCAUGUUGCUCCCUCUUAAACACACUUAAGCCUCAUUCGGACCAUUGUUCUGUCAUCACAUGUGUAUUUCUGACUUCAACAUCUCCCUUUACCUAUCUACUCAUCUCCCUGUUCCCCGCCUCUGCACUGCCUCCCUCAUAUACUCAUCUCGCUUUUAUAAUUCAUCUCCAUUUUCUCCCCGUCUCUCUCUCUAUGUUUCUGUCUCCCUCUUUUGAUUAUUUUGUCUUUCCCUUUCAGUAUCUUUCUCUUACUCUCCGCCUUGGUCCCCCUCUCUUUAUUUUGUCUCGCUCUCUCUCUUGCUCUUCCCUCACUUCUCUCUCCCCCACCUCUCUCUCUCUCUCUCUCUCUGCCCUCCCUUUUCUCUCUCUGUUGGGAGGUAGGGUGCUUUAUGCAUUAGUAGGUCUAGGGAAUAGCAGUAAUUUGAGAGGUUGAUAAUGGACUGCAAGGUUUUAAUCAUAGUGUUGAAGAGAGCACAGGAUUUGUAUCUUUUUUUUACAUAACAGCCUCGAAACCCUGCACACGCAUCAUACACCAGAGCCGGCUUUACCAACUUCAUGUUUUGGAGCAGAAAGUGCGUUAACUAACUGUGCCUUUUACGGUGUCAAAUACAGCUCGCUACAGGAUUGAAUAACAUAUUCAUCUGUAAAUUUGAGCAUCGCGUGCCUCUGACUUUUAAUGUUUUUCUUUUGGUAUUCGAAGUGUCAUGGUUACCUGGUAGUCCAACAUAUAGAUAUAUGGUUACCUGGUACCUGGAGUCCACAUUUAGGUGCCCCCACCAGUCAGUUUACUUCUUCGUUGGUUUUUGGUCAAAUGCAGCUUCAGAUGAUUGAACGCACAGUGACGCACAGUGACACACAUACCUCAGAUUAUUUUACCUCUCACGUCUGGAAGGGAUUAUAUGGGGUUGUUUCUCUCAUAGGGGAGUGUACAAAGGAUGAUCCUUGCAUCUUUCAUAUUGAAUAUACAUACUUUUAAUAUUUGAAUGAAUCUCACUCACAACCUUAACAGCUGUGUUAAGUGUGGAUUUAGGGAGACUAUAUUUAUUUUGUUUCUUUCGGUUAUUUACAAUGUUUUCUUAUUUCAAAACAGAAGCCAUUACGUUCUUUUCACACAAACAUUAUGGGACCUCACUGUAAAUAUUGAAAAUAUGACUGCAUAUAUUUGAAAUGACAGAAACGGUGUACAGUUCUUAGUGAGGUAAUAUCAGUGCAAACAAGAUUGCCUAUGCAUUGUCCAGAUCACCACCAUAAAAAUUAUGUUCUAUUUUACUUUUUUUUUGUAAUUGCCUUCUUUAGAUACGCAAAAUGAAGUAUUCAGUUUAUAGGUGUGCAAUGAUUUUAUUAUUAUUGUUAUUAUUCUUUUUAUGGUAAAUUCAUGUGGAUAUGCUUAGCUGCUGUUUGUAUUAAAAUACAACUUUUGGUAGAAACUAAAGGUAGGAAUUUUUACAUUAAUUUAGUUGACAUAUACAGGAAAUGUAAAUGAUGGGACCAAUUCUAUAGACUGGCUAAAUUAAUGUGUUGCACUUCUAAGUGUUUGUAGUUUCUUAAGUGUAUGGUGUAAUGUUUGCCUUUAUUGUAAAGACAGAAAAUAAAUUAUGUAGUUUAUCUCAAACAAAAUAGUUUGAGCCCGUUACAUUUCUUAAUUCAUGUAAAGAAAGUGAAACGUAUUUUAGUAUCUGUUGUGUGAGAUUUGCCAUAAAGUACAGUCUAAUGAAAAAAGGUUUAAUAAAAUUGUGAAUUUGUUUGCAGAAAACAUGUUAGCUUUUUCCAUUUGCAUUUGUUUAUAGCAAUAUUUGAUGGAGAGCUAUAAAUAUUAAUGGCUUGUAUGUAUAUUUUCAAUAACCACAGUUUUGCAAAUGUUUAUUGUCAGUAGAAAUGUGCAUAGCGAAUGCAGAUGUGUUAUCACUGCUAUCAAGUGUCAUUUCUGACAUAAAUGCUAGUGGUUAAAGUCGAUUACGACCUCAAUAUGCCUGAUUACUUUUCUUGUCUGGGUGUUAGACAGCCAUCUCUAAGCGGUAAUUAUAAAUGCAGAGCAGAGCAGUUCCAAACUUCACCAGCUAUGUUCACCGUAGUGCUUUCUAGAAGCCUCCCUGUGAGAAGUAAGUGCCUGACUAUUGUAUUUGCGCCAUAUUUACCAAACAUGCAAGUUAAAUUUGUAGAAAAAAAAAAGAAAAAAAACUUUUGAAGAUGUUGGUUUAAGCCAUAUGUGUACAUAAAC